CCCGUCAUUUGUAAGCCCAAGCCCAACCCAACUUAGUAACUUGCCUAUUCGUGGUCUACUUCUUCUUCAGUGUCCUCCAUUUCAGUUCAGCAACUGCGGCGGCGCCAUUUGAGGAGCUUCAGAGGGCCUACGGCCAUGGCGCAGAGACGGGUACCUGGGUAGUACUAGGUAUUCGCGGCGCGCGCGGGUUACCGCCCUGUGCAUUCCUGGCCCUGUGUAUACGUGUACCCACGCCACGCGAGGUUGGUUCCAUAUGGCAGGGCAGCUGCUGCGGGCGGCGACGGGAAGGAGGAGGGGGUGGUGGGAGGCGCCGCUGUUUGCGGCGGAGCAGCGAGCGACGCUGGUGAACGUGAAGCUUAAGUUGGUCAAAGACCGGGCGCUCGACGGGGCCGUGUCGCGCGAGCGCCACCUCCGCUCCGCCCACCACCUGCUCGACCUCGUGUCCACGCGGCCCGGCCACCGCAUCUCCUGCCCGGAGCUCCUCGCCGACAAGUCCGUGCACAGGCUCUUCGGCUCCGCGGAAGCCGCGCUCGCGUUCCUCCGCAGGUACCGCACCUUGUUCGCGCUCUCUCGCCACGGCGGCCGCGGCGUGUCCCUCACGGACGCCGCGCUCGACCUCCGGCAACGGGAGCUGGACUGCCUGAACGCCUCGGAACCCGACCUGCUCGCCCGCCUCCGCCGCCUGCUUAUGCUCACCCUGCCGCGCUCCCUCCCGCUCCACACCAUCGACCUUCUCCGCUGGGACCUCGGCCUGCCCCGCGACUACCGCGCCUCAGUCCUCCGCCGCCAUCCCGACCACUUCGCCCUCGCGCAGCCCGAGGGCGACGAGCGCGUCUGGCUCCGCCUCCUCUCCUGGGACGACCGCCUGGCCGUCUCCGAGCUCGAGAAGGGUGCGGCCGGUGGCGACACCACUUGCCUCCCGUUUCCGGUGAGCUUCACGAGGGGUUUUGGCCUCAGGAGCAAGUGUAUGGACUGGCUGAGGGAGUGGCAGGCGCUGCCGUACACUAAUCCGUACGCCGACGCCUCGGGCCUUGACCGCCGCACUGAUGUGUCGGAGAAGCGCAACGUCGGAGUCUUCCACGAGCUGCUGCACCUCACAUUGGCAAAGAGGACGGAGCGCCACAAUGUCAGCAACAUGAGGAAGCUGCUUGGCAUGCCACAGAAGUUUACCAAGGUUUUUGAGCGCCACCCGGGCAUUUUUUACCUCUCAAGAGUACUUGGUACACAGACAGUUGUGCUCAGGGAAGCUUAUGGUGGCGGAAGUCAGCUGCUUGAGAAGCAUGCACAUCCACUUGUUGCUAUCAGGGAGGAGUAUGCCACCAUGAUGAGGGCUGCAUUGCCACCAAGAAGAAGAGAAAGCCAUAACUCUUGUAUUGAGUUGGAUGAUGAAAGUGAGGAAGGCGAAGAAAAUGAACUCUCUGAGUGAAUGUGUUAUACGUAUACUUCAUUGAUUCUUACUUCACUGAAGCUAGUGAGCUCAGAAAUGGAUGCUCUGCAAGUGCAUUUCUUCAACAGGUAUUGAGUUGGAUGAUGAAAGUGAGGAAGGCGAAGAAAUUGAACUCUCUGACUGAAUGUGUUAUAUGUACACUUCAUUGAUUCUUAGUUCACUGAAGCUAGUGAGCUCAGAAAAGGAUGCUCUGCAACUGCAGUCGUUCAACAGGUUGUCCCCAAAGGUUAUCAGAAUGAAUUUGUGAAAGUUCUUCUGGGUUCACAGUACAUCACAAACAGAUGGUUGUUUCAGUCUAGGUAAAAUUGUCUGAUGUUGAUUCCUGGCAGUUUCAGAAGUCGGUUAACCUUCAGUAAAAUUGGUAAAAAAAAAAAAACACUUUGGCUUUCAAGGGUCAUAGUUCCUUUUCUUUGAAGGUCCAUCUAGUAAUUUCACGGGUCACUACUUACCUCUGCAUCACAAUGUUGCUUACUUCUAGUUCUUAUAGCAAACUCAAUGCAAAGGUUAAAUGAACUACAUGGUGAAUCUUCUGCAUGGUUAACAUCCUACUUUUAUUUCACUGCUAACUGUUUCAUUUGUGUUAUGUUGUGCUUUCGCACCAUAUGAUACCUCCUCCCUAUAGUAGCUUAUUAGUCAAAGAGAAAUGUACUUGGCACCUAAACUUGGUGUUUUUCUCUAAAAUGCCGCUCCAAAGACUCUUUAUUUUCUAAGUAAUUAGGUUUUAAACAAAAGUACAUGGAAUGAUGGAAACAUAGGUGAAUUGAUAGAAAUGGAGGAUACACGAAGAGCUCAACAACUGCUGCUUCCAGUUACUAGUUUGGUACAAUUCAAAUCCAUGUGGUAAUGUAUGCAUUUUUGCCAGUCUAAACCAGUUUCAGAUUGAGAUGGUUUUGGAAGUACUACUUAAAAUGGUUGUAAAAAUAUUAUGCAAUUUGUUACUCCAUCAAAUCUACAAGUCAAAGUACAAAUUACAUGAAAAAUAGAUGUAAGAUACUGUAAGCAAAAGCGAUAUGUCUAAACAACAAGAAGUUAGCAAGUAGACAACUAUAUACUUAGUUGAGCCAAUAGCAUUUUUUUGGAACCACUUUAACCCCAUAGCAUUGCUUGACAGUCAGGGAGUGAAGGAUAUAUCUCGGUCCAGCGAUCUGUUAACUGCUAGUGAAUGAAGUGUAGAGAUUCGACGAUCUAUAACUCUUUUCUUUCAUGUGAUCAUCUGGGCUGUUGGGUCAGAGAUCUCAGCAAGUGGCAAAGCAAAGGCCAAUGAGUGUAAUCUCUUUGUGGGCUCAUCUUCUUCCCUGCUGUCGGUACUUCAAUCAUUGGCUGCCAUCGUUGUAGCUUUGAGGUUUCCGGCAAAAUUGAUGGAUAUGCUCAAGCCAGGUGAAGCAUAUCUGAUGAAUUUUCCACUGCAUGGGUUUAUUUCCUUAAGAAUUCAAAUAAGUCUGUUGGAUUAUUUUCAUACGAACUCCAAUUACUUACAAAUAAUAAAAUUUGGUAGAGUUGUCAUUGAUUUGUUUGCUCACCUUCAGUGGUAGGGGACGAUUAUAAGUAAUUGAGAAUUCAUAUGAUUCAACAUAAGAUUACAUGAACUUUAUAACACCUGGACUUUACUUGAUUCUUGAGUAAGGGUCAAGGGAGUGAUGUCCUGAGAGGAAGAACUCCAUUCCAAUUGGGAGUGAAAAAUAUAGUCUCCACUACAUCAGCAACUGAUCUUCCAAAACAUAUGUUUUUAUCUCUAAAUGAACGCAAUCUAGACCUUCAGUAUAAUGUUUUAAUUUGGCAGGCCACUGGAGUUCAAAUUACUGGCUAGUUUCUUGGCUCUGCACGUUGGCUACAUUGUUCUCGGCUAAGGUAUAAUAUUUGGAGCUACUUUGUGUUCUUUUGAUUUCGCCUCACUAUUCCACUUUGUUUAAAGUUGAAAAGUUCAGAAAACUCCAAAGAUGAAUGGAAGCAUUCGUUCAAACUCCAUACUGUUUGGGCUCAAGGUCCAACAAAAUUAGCAUUUUUACUGUGGAAAUCAACAAAAGGCUGUUUUGAUUUGCCAAACGCCUUAUAUUGUGGGACGGAGGGAAUAGAAUAUAGAGGAUUCAAGAUAAACAUGCCUAAAUGAAAUGGUAGCUUUAUCCAAGAAAAUAACUCCUUAGUUGUAUGAGCUAAAUUAAAUGAUCACAGGAUCACAUUGUGCCACUCUUAGUAAAAGCUUCGGGGUCAGAACUCCCUUGCAGACUAAAUGGUGAUCAUCAGUCCAUGGUUAAACAAUGGUGGUUCUCACUUACCUUAUGAUUGAUCACCGCUUCACCAGCCAAUUAGUACUGUUGGAACUAAGAAACCCGUUAAUUGAUAACAAGACCUGACCAGCAUUUGUGCAAGCACAUAUACUGCCAUACUGGGCACCUCUUAUUGUGAAUAUUCCUCUAAAUCUCAGAGAUCCUUUUUUUAAUUACUCAUUACCAAUGCCUGAAGAUCCGCACAAACGACAUCUGGAGAGUGGGAGACACUUUUGAUGAGUAACAGGUAGUCUGGUACUGAUAGGUAACCUAGACACCACAAGCGUCCAGAUUUAGGACCUAGUUGCAGUUUUCGCUUGGAACUGCAUCGACAAAAUUGGAUUUCCGUUGGUUCUCACUGUCUGCACAAGAUGAGAGAUUUAAAUCUACUAGGAUGAUGUUGUAUACUUGUAUUCCGUUCAUAAAUUUUGGACAAGCUGGGCACAUGUGCUGGCCUGUCGCUUGCACUGUUGGAGAGGUACUCCUGUAGGGCAUCAAUGCCAGCAGGUAUACACAUUGUAAAUGUUAACCGGCAAGGCUACAGCCACAGCUAUGGCUGCAUCAUCUUGAUCUACUACCACUAACUUCGUUUGCAAUAAAACAGUAAUAUGAGAGGGGACCAUCCCUUCUUAGUCAAUGUAGACGCAGAUAAACUACGGGGCCUUGCAUGUGAGACUGCAUCAGAGCUCACUGGCCGUAGAGCCCGACCAUGGUGAAAGGUCCAUGUUACUGGAGUAGCAUGCAUGUUCUCGUUAAUAACUUUUGCUGGUUUCAGUUGACUGAUCUGUCCCUCCCAAUUGAAUUGAAUUGAAUCACAGGUUAGCUUGAUCUGGCCGUGAGGCGUUCCUUGCAUCUCCACCCACAGGACACAGAGUACACGUCGCCGGUUGACGUACAUUGAUGGGGCAUUUCGUUUGUUACGAACGAACCUGGCCCCCCAUCCCACCUCUGUUGCUGUGAAAAUCCACCCGAGGAUAGAAACAUCCAUCUCUGAUCUACUGAUACUUUUGCUCCCUACCUUCCUGCUGCAUCCGCUGAUGGAUAUACGCCCUUGACUUUUCCAUCCAGCAACCGAGAAAACUGGUGGAAACGGGCUGGAUCGUGGCGACUAGCGUGUUGCGACAAACUUAAUCCCACACAUGGCGUGGACUGGGCGACAGGAGGAGGUACAGGACAUGGACGCUGGUUAAGUGGCUGGCGUGUCGACUCGGAGGACGAAUAACUGCCGCCUCAGCGACCAGCAAACUGGCCACGCUAGCUGGCUGAAUCGACGGACCACAGGAGGCGCUACAUGCAGAUGAACCGAUGUGCGCGUAAGCUGAUUCAGCGCAUUAUUGACGUGUUCCAAAAUAAAAUUGUUUGACGCGUCCAUACAGUGUUGAGUUUUGAAAGCCUCCCCAUGCAAACUUUGCUGGGCGCAUUAUGCAUGAAGAUUGCUGGAUAAGAUACGAUUUGAUCGUGUG